AUGACAACACAACUAUCCAACAUUCUUACUGGUAUACUUGAUAAUAAUAGGCUAACUGGGCCUAAUUUCCUGAAUUGGUUGAGAAAUCUAAAGAUUUUCUUGAAUUUGGAGCGUAUAGGAUACGUUCUAGAUUUUAAAGUUCAUGAUCCUUUACUAGAAGGGGCUAUACCAAAGGAACGUGACACUUUAGAUAGGUGGAAAGAGCAUGACAUGCGAGCCAUGUGUUACAUGUUAGCUUUUAUGACUAAUGAGUUACAAAAGCAACAUAAGAAGAUGCAAUCUGCAUCUAAAAUCUUAGAUCACCUGAACUGCCCAAAGUAUUUGGCGUUUCUAAAGAGCAAGAAGGAUAAGCCUUUAGAAGGAACAUCAAGCAAUGAAAGCUUGGAUGCACAGGAUGUUAGACUCCGGAUUGGCAAUGAAGCAACUGUUGCAGCAUUAGCCAUAGGGUCUAAAUCAUUUUUAAGAGUGAUCCCAGAUAUUCUGGCUAUCUGA